GUAAAUCUGUACAUAAAACUAAGUAUUCAACCCGAAAAACAGUGUGUCUAGCAUAGUAUCAAUGCUUAGGUGCUAGUUUUGUACAAAUUACGGUUUCCAAAUGCCGUUUUCUAAGAAAAAUGAACAAAAUGGUGGAAUCACAGAAGCAGCGCUUCAGGCUAUAAAGCAAGAGCCUUUGGAUCAAAGGGAACAGCUCCCUGAAGAAAUCAAAUUAAAACCCGGUGAAAUGAUUCUUGUUCCAGAUGAUCCAAUGCUUCCUGGAAACUCUACAGCUUCUACUUCAAAUUUCUCCAGAGAAGAACUUCCGGGUCCUAGUGAUGUUGUGCGAACAAUUUCUAAAAACGAUCUCAUGAUGUCAAGAAAAACUGCUGCGCCAUCUUCGUGUCCACCGAAGGAGCAGUCGAUGAAGCCCAGUUUUCAGACUGAAAAAAUUAUGGGCGAUUUUGUGAAGCAACGGAGAAAGCUGAACUUCGCGACGCCGUGGCCAAGAAAAGAUCCAGGGCCUUCAUCAAAUUCUUGGCUCACAGAAUAUCGACCAUCAGUACCUGGGAAUCAAAUUGAAAAUUCAAAUAUAGAAAAUUUAAUCAAAAAAGUAGCUCCCUUCUACUCUCGCACCACUCACGAAAGUCCACAUUCAUCUCAAACUGUCGAAGAUUUUAGAUCGGAAUCUCUUGAUUUAUUGUAUCCAAUGAGAAGCCAGGAAGAACGUGCUAAAAUAACCAUGCAAAUCAAUAGAAGUUCACCAAUUCUCGAUAAUGAACAACAAGUUCUUCCAACGUCAGGAACUUGUGAAGUUUUGUCUCAGUUUAUGAUUUCGCAAGGAAUUCCGUUCGAAAAUAUCAAGGAUAGCUCAUUCAAGAAAUUGCUCGAACAUUUUGAGCCGGGAAGUGUGGUUCCAACGGUGAAAGAGUUGGAGCGGAGCAUGAAAUUCAAGAGAACACAGAAACCGAUUGAUUUAAGUAUUCAUGGACCUGUGAGCAUUACAGUUGAUCUGGUGAAACAUUUUGGAGAUGCAGAAGAUAAAAUGUAUUUGGUUUUUUCCGUUCAUCAUUUUGAGAAUUCGGGCGAUCGGACUGAUGCGGUUUUCUUGAAACGAGUUGGAUACUCGCAAUUAAACUAUCAGACGAUUGUAAUGCAUAUACGGGACUCGAUGAGCAUCCACAAAUACAAAAAUCUCAGCGUCACGAACAUUUUAGCUUCAAAUCGGAUAAUUGCUCAUCGAUUGGAAAAUGAUGUACACUCGACCGUCAAUUUCUACAUUUGCUUCCAACAUCAUAUAACAUCAUUUGUAUGCGCUUUACUUGAUAUGGAACCAUUUUCCAGUCGGCUACAAAAUCUUCGGGAGUUCGUGAGAAAGGCAAAAAGCGAUUAUAAGAUGAGAUCUUACAUGCAUGAGUGUUUGAACAAGAAGAAGAAAUAUUCUGAUAAUAGUCUACCGCCGAUGGAGGAUACGAGUUGGCAGUCUAAGAUGAAUUUUUUGAAAAGAUGUCUAGAAUUGAGUUCCUUAUUCCUCGAUACGGUGAUUUUAAACUACGAGGAUUUUGGCAACGCAACUAUCAUCACCUCGGCAACAUUUAUCGAUUUGAAAGUAAUAUUCAAAAUACUCCAAGUGUGCUCCAAGUACUCACAAGAGCUAAGUGGCCCGGACAGUUCGGUGUCCCAGGUGAUUCCGGCAAUCAGAUCGAUUCGAAGUUGUCUGGUCAAGGUUACUGUCGGCAAAGCAUUCGGUGAAGAUGUUCGGAAGUGUUUCACAGAUACAUUCCAAGAUUUUACUGCUGGACCCACAAGUAUGAAAUAUCAUAUUGCGACUAUAUUGGAUCCACGAUUCGCCUAUUGUGAAACUAUGUAUCAAAAUGAAACAUGGUCGGCUAUCGAAGGACAACUCAGAGAUGCAUUUGUUUCGAAAAGAUUCACAGCAAAGGAUAUUUCACAAUUGAAAUACACGGUGCCAGCAGAUCGAGAAUCGCGGAUUAAAAUCUUCUCGAGUGAACUGGAAAAUUACAAGCAAAUCUUGAAGACGUCUGAUUCUGAGAAUUUCAAAAAUCCAUUCAAAUUUUGGAAAGUUCAUCAAAGGAAGGGAAUGAAAAGUCUAGCGUUUCUUGCUAGAUACUAUCUCGCUUGUCCAGCUGUUGCAAUUGAUGCGAAUUAUUUUGUUGGUGAGGGAAGUGGUAGUUUGGUAAGAGCCUGCAAUAUGUAUCGAGAUGAAGUGGAACUGGCCGCCUAUUUGAAUGCUGCCGCCGUUGAGCAACAGUAUCGUGGAAUUGGUUUUCGAUAUGAAGAAGACGAGGGUGAAAGUAAUACGACAGACGCUGGAGACAAACCAUCAACCUCUGGAGCAUCUACCAGCAGCAGAGCGCCAAAGCGUAGUUUAGAAGCUCGGAACUCCUUCACUGAACAAGUACCGCCAAAGCGACUCGCAGAAUCAUUUAUCGAGCCGGUUAGGAUUCCGGAAAUUCGAAGCUCUCAACAAUUGAUAGCUGGUCCAUCAGAAACACUUGAUAAAGAUGUGAAACAGGAACCAAUAGAGACUGAAGAAUUUGAAAAGAUAUAUGUGAAACGCGAGGCCGUUGAAGAGGAUGAAGAAUACUUUGUGGAGAGAGAAAUUCCUGCACCGUCGCUAUCCCCGCCAGCUGAAAUACUUGAGAAACCAAAAUGGUUCAGAAAAACCUCAAAAUAUGAUGCGAAGAUUGCGGCUUUGAAAAAAGAUCCAAAACCUGCGAAACCUGUCAAGGUGCCCGUCUCGACUAGCUGUGUUCAAUGUGGAACACCGAAACAUGAAGGCUUGAGGAAACGAGAAUGUGUGCCGGAUGAUCGUCUCCCAUUCCUUCUGAACGCUGUUCGCAAAGGAGCUAUUCCAUUGGAGCUCACUCCGCCGAUUUUUAAUCGUAAAGCGAUUUUUUUCUGUCUGGAACACAUGCAUGAGACUUGUGAUGAGCUGUUCAAGAUGUUUGGUGUGAACAGUCCGGAGGAAAUAUUUCGAGUUGAUCCGAGCAGUGUGGAUGAGGAAUUGUUAAGAAUGGCGGCUUAUAUCUCGGGACGAGAGAGCAUAUCAGCGCAACUUUUGAAAUGUAUUUCGUACAAAUUCACUGUCAAAUACCUCCAGAAGACGUGCGCAAUGUGCGACUUGAAUUUUUAUCGGAAGGAUAUGAUGAGCAUCUCGAGAGAAGCGUGGGCGCUGGCCCAAUGGAUUGACUGUAGAAAGCUUGAGUUGACCGAUUCGUGGAAGCAUAAGAAUAUCAAAGAUACAGGAAAGUUGUAUGAAGCUUUGAAGGAGGAUACUGAUGGAUAUCUGUGUAUGAAUCAUUUUCCGGAGAACUGUUUAUCAAAAAGGAAACGUCAUUUGUUGGAUGUUGAGCGAGUUUUUGGAGAAGAUGCUUUAGUGGAUGAUAAUGAAUAUGAGGAGGAGGAGGAGGAAGAGUUGGAAGAUGAUUAUGUUGAGAAAGAAGAUACUUCUGUUUUAAAUUGAUUCUGUUUUGCUUUUUUCUUGUUUUUUUUUCGUUUUAUUAAAAUUCUAUAAAGCUCACUUCAAGUUUUAAA